GAAGUGGACCAGCUGCGUUUGGAAAGAUUGCAAAUUGAUGAGCAGCUUCGACAGAUUGGAGCUACUUCUAGGCCACCGCCAAAUCGUACAGAUAAAGAAAAAGGAUACAUGACUGAUGAUGGGCCAGGACUUGGACGAGGUAGUCGACCUUACAGAAAUAGAGGGCAUAGCAGACGUGGUCCAGGCUAUGCUUCGGGAACUAAUUCUGAAGCAUCAAAUGCUUCUGAAACAGAAUCUGAUCACAGAGAUGAACUUAGCGAUUGGUCGUUAGCCCCAGCUGAAGAAGAGCGAGACAGCUACCUUCGUAGGGGAGAUGGGCGAAGACGUGGAGGUGGUGCAAGAGGGCAAGGAGGGAGGGGUCGUGGAGGAUUCAAAGGAAAUGAUGAACAGUCACGAACAGAUAACCGUCAACGUAACUCAAGAGAUACAAAAGGGAGAACAGCAGAUGGAUCUCUUCAGAUCAGAAUUGACUGCAAUAAUGAAAGGAGUGUCCACACUAAAACAUUACAGAAUACCUCCAGUGAAGGUAGUCGGCUGCGCACGGGUAAAGAACGUAAUCAGAAGAAAGAGAAAGCGGACAGCGCAGAUGGUCAACAGCCAUUGGUGAAUGGAGUACCCUAAACUGCAUAAUUCUAAAGUCAUAUUUCCUAUACUGUUUCAGUAAUUCCUAUUCCACGUUAGAGAAACUUGUUAGGCCAAAGACAAAUAGUAGGCAAGAUGGCGCAGGGCAUGAAAUGAACAUAUGUUCUCUGUUAGCCUUUUUUAACAUCAACAGUAAGCAGUUGUUUUCAGAAUAAGAAGUUACUCAAAUAUUUGCAUAAAAAUAUCUGAAUUUCCGAAAAUCGCUUUCAAGUACAUAUUGCACUUCAAACAAUGAAAGAAUCUUUUUUUGUUUGUUUUAAAAAUACUGAGCUGUGCAUUGGUAAACUUUCUGUUCAGUUGUACCAUUUUAACGCAUCGGGUCAAAAUCACUGCUCAAUUUCAAUUUUCAGAAUAAAUAGUGUUUGCAGUAAUCAAAUUGGCUUCUGUUUUCAAUCUGACUUACAAGUUCUUCAUGAAAUGCUAUGUCGUUUUAUGUCCUGUGUCAGUUCACAUUCUGGUCCACCUUUUUCAGUAUUUUAGUGGGCCCUGAAAUAUGUGUGAUGUAACAAUUGUCAUUUUCAUUAGCAAAAAAGUUGUAUGAUCUGUGCCUUUUUUAUAUCUUGGCAGGUAGGAAUAUUAUAUUUGGAUGCAGAAAUCAGGGAAGAUGAGUCGGUAACACUAAAUGUAAAAUAUAUGUAGCAAUCCUUGUCAGACAUUAGUACUUUAUAGACAAGUGCAUGCUUUCCAUAAUUUUUUCCUUACAUAAACAUUGGGUUAGGCAGUUAUAAGAAUAGGAAACUUAUUUUGCACUGAAGAUUUGGAAAAAUAGUGUUAUUGAGAGAGGGGUGUAAUUUUUUUCUUUGUAGGCAGUACAGAAGGUUUUUGUUUUUGUUUUUUUAAACAAAAAAAACCUUUCCGUUGUGGAAAACUAAAAACUCAUCGUUACUGAGGGAACAAAUGUAACUUGUUCACAAGCUAGUAGUGUGUGCCUGCUAUUUGGCCAGAUGACCAGUUUAAAGCGCUUUUCAUCCUCCUAAAAUUUUUGAAUUGCUUAUUUUAAUUUGGGGAUUAUCUCAGGGGAGGUAAGAAGAAAAUCACCAUAUGUAAUGCCCUGGAAAUUCAGGUAUAGCAUCUGGAUAUAUUAUAGGGAGAACAAAUUCAUAAUAUUUUGAGGUACAAGGUCUGAAUUACCAGCCAAUUGGAAGCUAUUGCAGAAUUUGAUACAAAGUACGAUCAUACACAAGGGAAGGGUGGGAAGCGGUGGGAGGAGUUGUGCUUUCUUUUAUUUCUGAUCAUGAAUUAAAUUUACUGGGCAAAACUGUAUAAGGACCUUCAUUUUAAUCCAUUUUUAUUCAAAUUACUCCAGAAGGGAGCCACUGAUUAUGUACAGAAUUGUACAAACUUGACCUUGCCUCUGAUGUAUUUUGUGAGUUUUGUUUCUUUGCUUUUUCAUUCUGUUCUUUUCCUUGCAUACAGGUGAGCAUAUUAAAAAGGCAACAAACUGCACAUGAUUUAACGAAUAUAAAAAUGUCUUAAAAAGUAUUGCCAAACAUUAGUGUUGAUUUCUAGUUAUUUAUUUUGGGAAUGUAUAGUAUUUGAAACAGAAAUUGGUACCUUGCACACAUCAUCUGUAAGCUGUUUGGUUUAAAAUACUGUAGAUAAUUAACCAAGGUAGACUGACCUUGUAAUGUAACUGCUCUUGGGCAAUAUUCUCUGUACAUAUUAGCUACAACAGAUUGGAUUUUAUGUUGACAUUUGUUUGGUUAUAGUGCAAUAUAUUUUGUAUGCAAGCAGUUUCAAUAAAGUUUGAUCUUCCUCUGCUAA